AGAAGAAGAAGAAGGAGGAGGAGGAGGUGCUGCGGUGCUCCUCUCCAGAAAAAGACCCAAACCUGAGCAAAGUUUCUCACCUCCUUGAUCCAUGUGACACUCCCAGACACUCCUCUCUCUCGCUGCGGCUCAGUCGAAGAGUUCAUGACGGUUUCGGACAGUGACUCUCUCGCGCUCAUCAUGCCUGUCCCAGCAGAGUGCUGCAGCAGCGCCGAGCCGGCCCGCUCAUCCUCGGCGUCCCUUGUCCCGCCUGCCCCGAUCAACACCCACCAGCCGGGGGUGGCCACCUCGCUGCUGUACAGCGGCUCACAGUUCCGGGGCUACCAGAAGAGCAAAGGAAACUCCUACGACGUCGAGGUUGUUCUGCAGCAUGUGACUGUGGACGACUCAUAUUUGUGUGGCUACCUGAAGAUAAAGGGUCUAACUGAGGAGUAUCCCACUCUCACAACAUUUUUUGCUGGAGAAAUUAUUAGUCAGAAGAGGCCUUUUUUAACCAGGAAGUGGGACGCAGAUGAGGAUGUGGACAGAAAGCACUGGGGCAAGUUUCCACCUUUUUACAAAUAUGCCAAAAGCUUCAACUCGGACGACUUUGAUUAUGAAGCACUGGAUAACAGUGAUUAUGUCUUCAUGAGGUGGAAGGAGCAGUUUCUGGUUCCGGACCACACUAUCAAAGACAUCAGUGGUGCCUCCUUUGCAGGCUUCUACUACAUCUGCUUUCAGAAGUCCACAGCUACUAUCGAGGGCUACUAUUACCAUAGGAGCUCUGAAUGGUACCAGUCUCUAAUCUUAAACCAUGUUCAGGAGCACAGUGUGCCCAUUUAUGAAUUUCGGUGACACAAAAACACAAGUGUUCAGCAGAAGGUAAAGGCCAGUUCACACUGCCCUGUGCUUACAUGGGACGGGAACGACAGAGAGCUUAUGAUGCCAUGAAGGGGGAUGACCUGUUUUCCUAACUGUGGGGAAGUAAACGUGAAGGCAGACAGUCUACUGAUGGAGUGAAGGAAAGAUGGUACAGCGAGACAGAAGACCUGAAAGCUAAAAACAGUUCUCACGGUUGCUGUAGAACUUGAUGUUUGCCCCAUAUUUCAUUUUUCAUUUCUUUCUCUGUCCGGUUUUUAUUUUCAGUUUUGUGCAGCGGCUUCCUGUGCGCUUUCACAGAAUCUGUCUCCCUGUAGCUGGACAUCAAUUCCACUUUUCCUUUAGCGGAGACAUUAUGAGCAUAAUUUGCCUUUUAGUUAAGAGUCACAAACGAGGGAAGUUGUAAGAGAAGUUUUUCUCAGUAAGCUCUUUUUAAAACAUUUUUUUUUUUUUUGAGAUUUUCAACAAAAGCAAUGAUGAGCAAAGAUCUACUUUUUUCUGUGAGACAAAGUCAUGGUCUGAUGAUCAGGGAUGAUAUGAACUCGAAAUGGUCACAAAUAACUAAUCAUUUCCAAGCUGCUUGGUUUUUCAAAAAUCCUCUUAUCAAUACAAACAGUCUGUUAAUCGCUAUUCAUCGAAUUUUCGCUAUGCAACACUCACGAAUGAAGGUUUUUUUUUUCCUAAUUAUUUUAUGCUAACUUUAUGCCGGUGACAGCCAGUGGCUGGAGGCAUUAUGUUUUCAGGUUGUCCCUCCAUUCUUGUGGGCAAAAUAUCUCAAUAAAAUCUCGAGAGAGAGUCCUUUCAAAUUUGCAACAAAUGAUUCGAUUUUGGUGAAUUAAGGUCAGGGUGGCAUCACAAAUGGAAAUGUUGGCCUCUUGAACAGGAUAUCUCAAGUCUGGCUUUAGGAGAUUUCGACCAGUCGUCUUUUGGACUUAAAGAUGCUAGAUUGCAGUGGUCAGAGGUCACGGUGACCUCCUGUGUCUGGAAAAUAAUUGUAUGUAGACUGAAACUGAACUGGUCGGUGGAAGCAUACAACCACAGGGUGGUAUUUUUAGUUUUAUUUACAAGAGUAAGAUAUUUAUUUUUUUAAUCAAGAGGAAAAGUGUAUAUGAAAGUUAAAUGGAGGGAUCAGUAAGGAGGCGUAUUGGUUUCUAAGCUCAGAUGCUGAGUUAUGUUUUCAGGAGUUUGGUCAUGUGAAAGAUGGAGCAGAAGAAGGGAGAUCUAAUGGCACACAUGCAGUUUGAGUGAGUGGAGUCUGUGGAGGACAUUUGAGUUUUUCCUCGGUUUCUGUCGGUCACUGUCACAUGUAGAAAGAGUUCAUGUGUGGCUGCACUGGUUUAUUUUAAUCCAUUUGAGAUUUCAGCAACGAAAGAAGCACCUUGUGUGGCUCGGGAAGUGUUGCGUUGGAAGAGGUGAUGAAGACAGAAUAAAACCCACUGCCUUACAAUUUUAAAGUUUUGUAAAGUUGCAACCCAAACAUAUGAGCUUGGGGUUAUAUGGUUAGUAAUAUUUUGUUCAAAGAAAUCAGUAUAGAAAGUAUAUUUCUGUGAGAGAAAUGAAAGCUUUUCAUCAGCAGUUUACUGAGAAGUGUUGCUGUCGGUCAUCUGCUGCAGAGUGCAUGUCCUCUGCCUGCCUGUGUGUUGCUCGUAGCCUUUCAGCCGGCCUGCUGGCCUGCAGCAUGACACAUGGACUGAGGGGUUGUCCUGGGGAUACUCUUGACACUAUACGUUUUUUAAAACCCAAGAAAGUGGAUUGUCCACUUUACAGUCUGAAUGACUUCAAAAUAAUUUGCUUGCUUUUUUUUAAAUUAAUCAACUAAAUUGAAAUGUGCAUUGUAAAGAAACAUGUUUGUUUGAGAGUGUGUCUGUAAAA